AUGACCGAUGGGGGCCAAAGUUGCCCGAAGCCCGUCGCAGGUUGGCGGCUGUCCUCCAAAGGACUUUGUUUGACUGGUUGGAUACUAGAGGUUUACUCGCAUGACGGAUCUCAGAUGGCUCAGACACUCUUUGAUCUCCGCCAAGCCGAAGUACAACGGCAACAGGUGCAAGUGCCAGGAUUGGGUACUGCGCCGGGAAUUGUGAUUUCUGGCAGUCACUGGCAACUGCAAUGGGCCUUGAGCGGGGCCGCCGCCUUGUUCCAACUCGAGGUGCUUCCGUCAUCGUCCGCUCCGAGCACUGAGCCCUCCUCCUCCUCCUCCCGCUCCGAGCUGCUGGUGUCAUCCUCCAUCGAGCACUUCUGCGUUCCCUUUCAUGUGGACAGCGCAGAGAAUGAGCUCUGGGAGGGCCAGGAAUACCAGCCUCCCGGAGUGAAAGUCCAAGAAUAUGAGGGCUGCUGCUGGGAGAAACGCAAGAAGCGAACGUCGAUGCAAUCCUCCAUGCUGGUGAAUGGCUGGCAGAGCUUUGGCUUCAGUGCCUCAUUCUGCAAGUAA